AUGGUAAACACGCUACGCGAUAUUCGCGAUAUUUGCAGACUUUGUUUAACCGAAGAAAAGGAAUUCCUAGUUCCAGCUCGGACUAUAUUUAGCCCUUCGCUAACAAACGAAGAUCUCGUGAGGUUCACCGGUGUACAGAUUCCAGUUGAAGACAACGUUUCGUACGCGAUAUGCGUUGAUUGUAAAAAUGUGUUACGGAAGUCUGCCGCCUUUCGAAACUCGUGCUUGCGCAAUGAUCGACUCUAUAGUCAACUUUUCGCAGCAUUCAUUGCAAACGCAAGGCUGGAAUGUUCUAAACAACCACAUUACCCGCAGGAAGCAAAACAACGUGAAAAUGAUAUAGAAACUGGCAACGACAACGAUGGCGAAAUUAGCGAUACAGAUGUUAUCAGUUUGAAGGAUGAAUGGGUACUAUCUUCAAUUCCCAUCGGUGCCGACAAGGUGCUGUCCGAUUCCUGCAAAGCGGAAGCGUUCGAGGGCGUCGAAAGUUCAACCAAUGAGGAAUAUAUUGAAAAAGAAGCCCUUCCGCGACUAUCUGUACGUUCAGCAAAGGCUGGCACAAGCGGUCGUAAAAAAAGAUCAACUACUUGUGACACAGCGAGCCAAGCCGUAGCGAACAAUGGUUCAGAACAAAACCCUGCCAAUGACCAGCUCGAAUGGCAGUGUGUCACAAAGCGGCUGUGUGAAAUUUGUGGCCAGCUGACCACUAAUUACCGACGGCACCUUCUGAGCCAUACGAAACAAGCGAGAUUCGCAUGCCCACACUGUCCCGUGCAAAUGACGGACAGUUCCAAUCUCCUGCGCCACAUCGAAGCUGUGCAUAAGAAGACCAUCAUCAAAACGUGUGAAAUAUGUGGUAAAGGGUUCACAAACCGUAAUACCUGCAUGUCGCAUAUGCGUUCCAUACAUAAUAUCGGAGAAAAGUUUGAGUGUAAAAUUUGCUUGAAGCAAUUCAAUCACCAUAGCGGCGUUCGGGAACACAUUAAGCGCGUACAUAAUCUUGAAAGCAAGUACGGUUGUACGCUUUGUGAGAAACGGUUUAAGACUAGCAGGUCGCUGCGGACACACGCCAGAGUGCAUUCGAACGACCAACCGUACGCGUGCAACCAAUGUCCAAAACGGUUCAAAAGUGGGUACGCUCGUAAUACGCAUCAACUCACACACAGCGGUAUUAUGUUUUCCUGCGAAGCAUGCAAUAAGUCCUAUCGUUACAAAUCCUUGCUCAGCAUGCAUCUGAAAAAAACACACCCAGAGUUGGUGCCCCAAAACGAUGACUACUAUACCGUUUAG